GAAACAGAGUCAGAGCUCUGAGCUCACAUCAGCCAGAGGGAGGACGAGAGGAGAGGAGAGAUUUAAAGGGAAAUAAAGAGAGGGACAGAGAGAGAGAGAGCUGGUUUAGAAGUUUGGGCCAUGGCUGACAAUGUGAACGAAGAGUCGGAUUAUAUUCCCGGGAAAGAUGAGCUGGACUGGGGCUACGAGGAAGGUGUAGAAUGGGGACUCCAUUUCCCAGCAGCCAACGGGGAGUACCAGUCUCCCAUCAACCUGAACUCGCGGGAGGCCCAGUACGACCCCUCCCUGCUGGACGUGGGUUUAUCGCCCAACUACGUGGUCUGCCGGGACUGUGAGGUCAUCAACGAUGGACACACCGUACGCAUCCUCCUCAAGUCCAAGUCAGUGGUGACCGGGGGCCCCCUGCCCAGCGACCACGAGUUUGAGCUGCACGAGGUGCGCUUCCACUGGGGAAAAGAGAACCAGAGGGGCUCCGAACACACCGUCAACUUCAAAGCCUUCCCCAUGGAGCUCCAUCUGAUCCACUGGAACAGCACCCUGUUCAACAGCUUGGAGGACGCUUUAGGGAUGAAGAACGGAGUCCUCAUCAUCGCUCUUUUCGUGCAGAUUGGGAAGGAGCACCUGGGUCUGAAGGCCAUCACCGAGGUCCUGCAGGACCUGCAGUACAAGGGGAAGAGUAAGACCAUCCCUUGUUUCAACCCCAACACUCUUUUACCGGACCCCCUCCUGAGGGACUACUGGGUGUAUGAGGGCUCCCUCACCACCCCGCCCUGCAGUGAGAAAGUAACCUGGAUCCUCUAUCGAUACCCGCUCACCAUCUCCCAGCUACAGAUCGAGGAGUUCCGGCGGCUCCGGUCGCACCUGAAGGGAGCGGAGCUCCUGGAGGGGAACGACGGGAUGCUGGGGGACAACUUCCGCCCCACCCAGCCCCUCAGCGACCGCACGGUCCGGGCCGCCUUCCAGUGACCCCCCCCCCACCCGAAAACACCUGAGAACACCUGCAGACAACAUCCCAGGUGAGAAACUA